UGUGGCACGGAAUACAGACACAGAUUGUGCAAUAUGAAGUGCAUCAUCUUCUCCGCGUUGCUAGCUGUGGCACUGGCGCUGCCAGCGCCUAAACCAGAUGAUGACGCCAUUGACGAUAAUAUUCAUGACCGGUACCACAAACCUGAUAGUCGCCGUAGUAUGGUACCAUUAUUUAGUUCGCGGAGUCUUUCGAGUGUAUCAAGCGACAGAGAAGAUGAUGAUGAUAACUCGACUUACGAAAAAUACUCCAGGUCAGACAGCGACCGAGAAGAUGAUGAUGAAAACUCGACGUACGAAAAAUCCGCGAGGUCUGACAGCGACCGAGAAGAUGAUGAUGAAAAUUCAACAUAUGAAAGUCGAUCAAGCAGCAGCAGCAAACGAUCUCGAUCUGAUAGCGAUAGAGAAGACGAUGAAAAUUCAACCUAUGAAUCUCGAUCAAGUAGCAGCUCUAAUGUCCAAAGAAGUCACAGGUCGAGCCAGCGCGUAGCUGAACUAUCGUCUUAUUUGGACUACCUCAAUGAUAAAUACGACGGCCAGGGUGUUUUGAAAGUAGAAUACACCCCGUCAUCAAAGAAGUUUAACAGAUACACGAGAACCCACAACCUAGGGUCUCUCACCUUCUCAUACGAUCCUCCGGAUAAGUCAUACCGGGCGAAGAACUACAAGAAUUAUUUCGUCUAUACGCCAAGCGGAAAUGUCCCCAGCAGCUACAGCUCAGGCUCGUUUAAAUCAAAGUUCCAGCCUUUCGACUCAUAUAAAUCUGACGAGAGCUCAUCAUCAGAAUAUCAACCUUACUUUAGCUCCUACAAAUCAGAUUACUCGCCCUACAAAUCUUGGAAGCCUAGAAGCUAUCAGAAAUCCCGAUACAGCAAAAGCAACAGUCAGGACGACCUCGACGGUGACAGCAAUUAAACAAGUAUUAAUUAGUUAACGGACGGCGCUCAAGUACUCACGGAUGCAGAAAUUUUAUUUAAAUAAGAAAAUAAAAUGCCAAUAAAGGCGAUGUUGCGGCAAUUA